UUCAACAUGAAUUGUUGUAAAUUAUUUCUAGUCAUAAUAUUCAGUUUACUUUGCAACGGACAAGCUGCGCGUAUACUAUCGUUUUUACCAGUGACUGCAAUAACUCAUAGCAUGGUAUUUAAACCAAUUCAUGAAGAACUGCUAAGACGUGGGCAUGAAAUAGUGGUUGUAACUGCAAACCCAUUGUAUAAAAAUACACAGGCACCUGAAAACCUAACAGAAAUAGAUAUUCAUAACGUUUCCUAUUCACAUGCAAGAGAACAUAGAAUCACUAGUAUUACUAAGGAAGAAACAGACCCAAUUCAAAACUUAAGACGUUAUUUUGAAUUCAGUGCAAACACUUUUGCUAAGCAAAUCCAGACGCCAGAAGUACAAAAGCUUCUUGAACACAAAAGCCGAUACUUUGACCUUUUAUUUUUAGAUGCGUCAUCUAGAAUAUCCAUUGUUCUAGCAUACGUGUUCAAUGCUCCAGUUAUUGCAGUAUGUGCAAUAGGUGCAAUCGAGAGGCAUAACCACAACUUUGGAGUGCCUACGCACCCAAUACUCUAUCCACAAAUGCAAAGACAGAGAUUAUAUGACCUAACUAUGUGGGAGAAAAUUAAAGAGCUCUUUACUGAAAUUGUCAUCCACAAAGUAACUAAGGAUACAGAAGAACAUGACAAUCGGGUAUUAAAACAUUUAUUUGGACCUAAAACACCAACUAUUGCAGAAUUGGAUAAAAAUAUUGAUAUGCUCUUCUAUGGAGAGGUACCAAUUUGGGAAGAUAAUCGACCUAUGCCGCCUAAUGUAAUUUAUAUUGGAGGUAUUAAUAAGGUGCCUGAAAAACCACUUCCACAGGACAUCAAAACAUAUUUAGAUGAAUCUCCAGUAGAAGUUAUAUACAUUAGUUUUGGCACUAAUUUUGACCCAUUAGAUUUGCCGGCGAAAACAUUACAAAUAUUAACUAAAGUUUUUUCAAAUAUUCCAUACAACAUAUUCUGGAAAUGGGAUUCGGACGCAUUUCCUGUCAGUUCGUCAAAUAUCAGGACUUUUAAGUGGCUGCCUCAAGCUGAUGUCUUACGCCACCCAAAAGUAAAACUCUUCAUUACUCAGGCUGGUCUACGGUCCACAGAAGAUGCAAUCGAAGCGGGGGUACCCUUGAUAGGCAUACCUUUAUACAUGGACCAGUUUUAUAACUCCGAGAAAUACGUGCGUCACGGUAUUGGCAUCAAAUUGGAUAAGGACACACUCACUGAGCAACAGUUGACUGCCGCCAUCAACAUGAUAAUGACGAACAAGAGCUACGAGCUGAACGUCAUUAAGCUCAGAACCAUCAUCAACGACCAGCCGAUGUCUGCGCUGGAGCGCGCGGUGUGGUGGACGGAGCACGUGCUGCGGCACGGCGGCGCGCGCCAUCUGCGAGCGCCCGCGGCCGGCAUGGGCUGGGCCGAGUACUACGAACUGAAUUUACUACUUACAGUCCUGUUUUGUAUUUUCGGUGCUAUUGUGCUGGUAAUACUUUGUAUUCAUGUGUCAAUCAAGCUUAUAUUUAAGAGCAAUAAGCCAAAAGAGAAAGUAUAUUAA